AAAGUAGUUGGUCGAUAGAUCGAAUUGUUGUCGUAUUUUUAUGACAGUUUGUGACCGUGUCAGAGUCAGAUAGAGUAAAGUGUAGACCCACAUGCUUGCGAUGGGCGAACCUCUCACUUUAGCAAAUGAUGUUAAACGGUCCAUAGAGUUACUGGAUAAACUGCAAAAAGGAGGUGAAGUACCUGCAACAAAAUUAGCUGCCUUACAAAAAGUUUUACAAAGUGAUUUUCUCAGUGCUGUACGCGAGGUGUAUGAACAUGUAUAUGAGACUGUAGAUAUUCAGGGUUCUCAAGAUGUGCGUGCAUCAGCCACGGCAAAAGCUACGGUUGCUGCUUUUGCAGCGAGCGAAGGUCAUGCACACCCGCGAGUUGUGGAAUUACCAAAAACAGAGGAAGGCCUUGGUUUUAAUGUAAUGGGUGGUAAAGAGCAAAAUUCGCCCAUUUACAUUUCACGAAUUAUUCCUGGCGGCGUUGCUGAUCGACAUGGUGGUUUGAAACGAGGCGAUCAACUUCUGUCUGUGAAUGGAGUGUGCGUUGAAGGAGAAAAUCAUGAAAAAGCAGUAGAAUUACUGAAACAAGCACAAAACUCUGUGAAGCUAGUUGUGCGAUAUACUCCGCGUGUCUUGGAAGAAAUGGAAUUGCGAUUCGAUAAGCAGAGAGCAGCACGCAGUAGGCGUCAACACAUGCAAUAAAUCUAAAUACAUAUUACGUAUUAUUUAUUUUCUAAUGAUCAACCACACAUACAUUAGAAUCACCUUAAUUUUACCUUCAUUAUUCAUAAACCCGAAAUUUUAUCUAUUUGAAGUUAUAGAUCAUG